CAGUUGUGUUCUAACACUUGGCGGCACCACACCGAGACGGUUCAAGCGGAAGGGGAUCAGGAUCCUAUUAGAAGGACGAAACUAUCGAUGCUAGCCGAAGCAUUGGGCUAUGGCUACCUGCUGGCCUACGUGAUCUGCCUGCUUUGCUGGCCAGGAGAGGCGUAUCCCGCCACCAGUAGCUACCGGGAUCUGGAUAUAUGCAAUCAUUGGGAUGGAAGACGUCACUUCCUGGAGCUGGGAAGUCCGGCCGGAGAGCUGCACGCCCGGAAUGUGACUACUACUGCCUAUAGAAGCUCGCCGCUGGUCUUUAAGAACGAUGCAGUGUCCGGCGACGUGUGGUACCAGUGCAGCCUGGAGCUGGUCACCUGUGCCGAGUGCGUCAUCCGAGUGGCCUUCACCUAUGCCAACUUCUCCAAAAGUUGUGGCAAUACGGGUGGCAAGUCCAGCAUGUGUCCCUGCGAGCAUAUCCAGUUCUCUGAGCCGCCCUACGAUUCAACCAUUUCCGGCCAGGAGUUCUGCGGAGAUGGCAAGGUGUUCCGGAGCAAAACCAGGACCCUGCAGUUGAAGUUCUUCUACAGAGCCACCAAUGCGCACGUGUUCUCCCUUCAAUACUUCUCGGAACGCAACGUGCGGAUAGUCAGUGGUUCCCCCAAGCAGUCCAUUGUGGGCAAUGGGAGUACUAAGUCCCAGCCGCAAGUGAUCUCCACGCCGUAUUUCCCGAUGGCAUAUCCACGCGACUAUGGAAUCGAACACAUCCUCACCUGCGAGGCGGACAACUGCCAGGUGCGUUUGGAUUUUACCGACUUCCAACUGGGUCUCACCUCCACCCUGGAGAUCUUCGACUCCAAUGGCCAGAUGCUAGACUCCUAUACGGGCGAGCACUUCCGUCCGCCGAUCACGGUGAGCAGCGGCAAGUCUCUGCUCCUGCAGUUCCGGGGAAAUUCCGCCACCGGAGUUGGCUUUCGCGCCGAGGUUAGCUUCGUAUCCUCCAAGCAGCUCAAGGACGAGCGACUGGUGCCCUACACAGAUUGCGGGGGAAUGGUUACCGGACCUGGUGGCGCCAUCACCAUGAUGAACAUGAUCGAAAAUGCCACGGACGUGCGGCUGUUUGACUGCAUCUGGAUUAUAAAGCCCGGCAAUAACUACAUGAUGAUGAAAACCCACAUCUUGUUGAGAGUGGAUGACUUCUACGGCAUGGCUGCCAGAUCGGAGCUCACAAUUCGGCAGGGCACCACCUCGGAUGCCGUGGAGAUCGAGAAUGUGAUGUGGCCGAACAAUGGGCUGAGCAAGGAGAGCCAUGUGGCGCCCAUUCUCAAUGGCUACUACAUUCGACUGCGUGGGGUAUUUGGGAUGUCCUCCAAGCUGGCCAUCGUUUACAGCGUAUUCAACUAUUUGAAUUGCUACAUUGGCUCGGAGUUUCUGUGCGGGAACAACCACUGCAUAUCCAUUCGCCUCCACUGCGAUGGCUUCGACCAUUGUGGGGAUGGCAGCGAUGAGCCGGAUUCCUGCGAGGAGGACUGGGCGCACCUGCAUCACGAUCGUCGCUGGUACUCCCACAAGCCCAACUAUUAUUUCCCCAAGAUAGACCAGUAUCCAGAUCUCAAGACGGCCACGGGAAUCUUUAUCAUCAGCACACUUGGCAUAUUCGGUGUACUGUCCGGCUGGAUGGUGAUCCUGUACAGGAUGGGGGUUAGAGCACGACACCAGCGGGAGCUUCAAAGCCACCUGCAGACGAUCAGUGAGUUGCUGGAUCGCCAGGACGAGGAUCGCACGCCCGACGAACCGCCCAGCUAUGAGGCACCACCCGAUUAUGAAGAGGUCAUCAAGGUGGGGAUGCAACAGGAGCUACGGGAGCCACGUCGUCAGAGACGAGCCCGUCGAGCCCCUCCUCGAGAUCGGAGCUGCAGUCGCGCCGCAAGCAAUUGCACCAUGCAAUCUGUACUCCCACUGCAUCGCAGCUGCAGCCUGGAAAGAGAUCAGGAACAGCCCAGUACCUCGGCGGCGGCAAUGACCCAUGCAGUGGCGGCCACGGAUACAACGGAGGAUGCGGAACACGUACAGACGAUGGCCCAGCGAAUGCUCCUCGCCACGGCUGUUUGUGGCACUGCAGACACGUCUCUCCCGGCAGCAAAGGAGUCAGGGCAGCAGCGGGUCCAAUCCGUGGGGAUUUCAACGAGCCCGUCAUCGUUAUCCGCUGGGGGUGAACUACCCACAGCAGGUGGGUCAGCCACAACGCCCGGCAGCACGGCAGAUGAGUGCACCCAGGGAGGCGACUCACUUAGCAUUUCACUCACUCUAGGCCUGCCCUCCACGACGGCAGAGAGUCCUGUGACAACCGACCAGAACCAGAUCCAGAAACAGAGUCCGGAGCAGACAAUCAGCAAUUGCACGGAGCACACGUUCCUGAAGAGAUCGUGGUUGGUGGUGCAGCAGAUUCCACCUGGCAGGGGUUACCGAGUCCGGAGGCUGCGACAUACCUUCUCCUCUCCCGAAGCAUUCACAAGCGAUGAGCUACAUUUGCCGUACCCGGAUUUCCUUAGCUACGGCACUAAUCUUCCACAUGAACGGAGCAGCAGUAAUUUCGGAUCCGAGCUAUCGAGGGAUCCAUCGAGUUAUAGUGUGGGCAAGCGAGCCCGCUUGACCCCCGAGGACACAAGUGAAUCGGAGACCAUUACCCAGGAGAUGGAGCAAUCCAACCAGACACUCCAGUCCCAUGUGAUAGUGGAAAGUCACCCGAGUCACAGCGAAAGUGAGAGCGAAGCGGAGCAGCAGGUGUCCUGCUUUGGAGCCGUAGCCCAACGGCCCAAGAGGCGUCAUCGGGGUCACGUACGAAGCCGAUCCUUUAGCAAUGCCAGAGGUGGCAGUGCCAGAAGGAGGCGUCUCAUGCAGCGCAGCUCGUCGGCCGAUCUUUUGAUGAACUAUGCGACAAUGGCGGUAUCGACGCCACAAAAAAGAAGCGAGGGAAUGCAGCGAUUGUUCUUCAUCUGAGCGGGAGAUUCAAGGUGGAGUAGACAAGUGGAAGGAUAGUAUUAAAGCCUGGUGUGCUUCUGGUCGGUAUCUAGUCACAUAUAAAUAAGCCUGUUCCUUACUCGAAUGUUAUUAGCUUAUUGAAAUUAUUAAUUAAUAAUUAAUUCCAACUUCAUCGAGCCUUAUCCAAAAGGUCUCAACGUUUGUAUUCUUUAUAAUAUGUACCACAACGCAAAAAGAAAUAAAUAAUUACAUUAUGAAUUAGCA